AUGCGAUUACACGAUUAUAAUUGUAAUCAGAUUUCCGAUUACGAUUGUAAUCAGAAAAAAAGUAGUGAUUUGGCGCUCGAAUUAGAAAAUGCUGUGGCUAACAACAUCCCUUGCGAAAUCAUCACACCAGCAAAUGAAGGAGCAAAUGUCAAUGGGUUGACUCAGUCCAAUGAAGGCCUUGUUCACCUGGCCGUAAGGAGUGAAAGUAUGUCUUCUAUUGCUACGUUGGGAUUCCUGAAGGCAGACCUUGACGUUCUCAACGCUGCUGGUGCGACUCCCAUGGAAGAAGCUAUUAAAAUUGACAGCGUACCCUCUAUCAAGGAACUGAUAUCGGCUGGUGCCAAUAUUGAGAAGCAGUUGUCGGUAACUCUUACCUCCAUGUUGCUGCUUCUUCAGGCAAGAAUGAAGCAUUGCGGAAGUUACUUGAGGCAGGACUUAAAUCCGAAUUAA